AUUCAUCAGAGAGUCACCGGCCUGACGUGACACUCCUCUGAGACUCAACCGACUGGACCGUCUGUUUUCCUGCCGAUGACUUCUGAUUUCAUGACCGUCCGUGUGUGAGUGCUGGAUUAUCCUGCAGCUGUGGAUUGAACAGAAGAGGAGGAAACACACACUCUUCUUCAUGGAGAUUGAAAGCAUGGUGGCAAACAGCGCUCUUAUUAAAGCCAGAGAAGGAGGGGGGAGUAAAGGACGGAGCUGGAAGUGGAAGGAGAUGCUUAAAUUCCCUCACAUCAGUCAGUGUGAAAACCUUGCCAUAAAAAUAGAGAGAGAGUACUACAGUCUGUGUGUGAAGCAGCCGAUCGGGAAGAAACUGUUUCAGCUCUUCUGUCGGAGUCGCCCUGAACUGCAGAAUUACAUUUCCCUGCAGGAUGCUCUGGACGCCUUCGAGACAAAGUCAGACGAAGAGAGAAGAGACUUUGGCUACAGCAUCAUUCAGAGAUUCGUCAUUAGCCAGGUCUGUAAACUACACACAACAAACAUCUACAAACAGCAAAUAAGUCUGAACAUUUUGAUCCCUUCACACUCUUUUGUUCCUCAGUCCUUUCAGUAUGUGGCCGGAAUGGAGAAGCACGAGCACAGCAGCAUUGAGAGCCUGGAGCUGGAGCCCUGCAGGGACGUUUUUCAUGACUGUAGGGAAGACCUACACAAGUUCCUGAGUGGGGAGCCGUUCAUCCAGUACCAGGAGAGCAUGUUCUUUGACCGUUUUCUGCAGUGGAAGAUGUUGGAGAGGCAGCCCGUCACCAAGCAGACGUUUCGACAGUACAGACUGCUCGGGAAAGGAGGCUUUGGAGAGGUUUGGGCCUGUCAGUCUCGGGCGACAGGAAUGAUGUACGCCUGCAAAAAACUGGAAAAGACUCACGUGAAGAAGCGGAGAGGAGAAACCAUGGCUCUCAACGAGAAACAGAUACUGGAGGGACUGAACAGUCGCUUUGUGGUGAAUCUGGCGUACGCCUACAAGACGAAGCACACCCUCUGUAUGGUUCUGACCAUGAUGAGCGGCGGUGACUUGAAGUUUCAUAUUUAUAACAUCGGAGAGCCUGGCCUCGACAAAGAGAGAGUGAGGUUCUACGCUGCAGAGGUCUGCUGUGGUUUAAUUCACCUGCACCAGGAGUCCAUCGUUUACAGGGAUCUGAAGCCAGAAAACAUUCUGCUCGAUGACAACGGACACAUCCGCAUCUCGGACCUGGGCCUGGCUGUGAGGCUGUCUGAGAGGAGUGUGGUGCGAGGCCGGGUGGGAACACUGGGAUACAUGGCUCCCGAGUUGAUCGGACACAAGCACUACGGGCUGAGCGUGGACUGGUGGGGCCUCGGCUGUCUGAUCUACGAGAUGACGGCGGGUCAGCCUCCGUUCAGGACCCGAGGGGAACAUCCCAAACCCUCCGAGAUGGAGAGGCGGAUCGAGACCGAGCAGGAGGAGUACAGGGACAAGUUCGGCAAAGCUGUGAAAGACAUCUGCUCCUCGCUGCUGAAGAAGGAUCCCAACGAGCGGCUCGGCUGCUGCAGUUUAGGAGGCAGAGAAGUUCAGUCGCAUCCUUUCUUCAAAGAGAUUAACUUCAGGAUGCUGGAGGCCGGACUCGUCGAGCCUCCGUUCAAACCUGAUCCCAGACAGGUUUACUGCAGCGACGUGCAGGACAUCGAGGAGUUCUCCACGGUGAAGGGAGUCACUCUGGACGAGAAAGACUCCGACUUCUACUCCAAGUUUGACACGGGCAGCGUCCCCAUCACCUGGCAGAACGAGGUGAUAGAAACCGGAUGUUUCAAAGAGCUGAACAUUUUCGGACCUGAAGGAACUCGAUCUCAGGACCUGGACUGGUCCCAGCUGCCCGAGAGUCCCAAACGCAGCCUCCUGGACCGGAUCUUCCGCAGACACCAUCCUUCAGACUCGUCAGACGAGGGCAGACAGAGCUUGGUUUCCAGUGAGACCUACUUGAGUUCAGGACUGCUCAGCACCACCCUCUAGUGGCCGUUACAGCAAAGAGACUCAAAAUCAAAACCAUCAACUGGAGCAUCAAGAGGCAGAAGAGACAAUCUGUUCUUCCUCUCAAAUGGGAGCAUAGUAUUUACUUCUUUGUUUUUGUGUUUUGUCCUCAUCGAUCACAGCUGCCAUACUUGCCAUCACGCUCCCAUUGAAAACAAAUUCAGUCUGAAGCUUUUUGUACCCGACCUCUUAUACAAAAUUUGAAAAAAAUCUUUAAAACUUAUUCACAAGUUAAAGGUCCAAUCAGUGAGCUGUGUAGAGAGUGAGAUGAUAAAGGUAUCUUACUAUCUGAUCAUUAAGGAAACAUGUUGAAGUGCUGGCUUCUCUAACAACAAUGCAGCAGUCAGUAUGUCCUCCUUCUAACUUUAGAUUCUGCUCCUGAAUGCUCUGGAUUUGUUUGGACCAGAGAAGGUAGACGCUUUUAAUGCACCCCCCCCCCCCACACACACACACACACACACACACACACACACACACACACACACAGCCGUUUUGGACGGCCCUCGGUUUGCCAGAUAUGAGGAGUUAUCAGGUUAAACCAAGAGGUGAGAAGCAGAGCUGGAUAAACACUGAAGCUUCAGAGUCCACCACAUGGUGACCUGAGUGAGCAUGGACUCUAGAGAGGAGGGGGGGGGGGGGGACAGCUCUCUGAUGUUUAGAAUUUAGACUGCAGUACCCAUUUUAAAUCAGAGCUCCUUUAAGCUGAAAAGACAAAAAUAAGUUGUAUUUUUUAUGAAGUGAUUCCCGGCCAUAGUUCAAAAAUAAGAAGAGGAUAAACAGGAAACAUACUUGUAUAUAUUUCUAUUAAAAACUGUAAAUAAAUUCACUUUUUCUGACA